AUUAAAAGUCUGGCAACGCUAAAUAGCAGCUGGUAUAGUUUUGCCAGCGUGAGCAGAAAUUUUUGUAACACCGAUUUUUCAGCUUUCACAAUGGUAGAAACAGUCGCAGAGGUGAAGGGAAAGAAGCAGCGCCAACGCAAUCGCCCCAGAAAUAAACGUAAUCGUGUGGAAGAUAAAGUGCUCGAAAGUGAAAUGCAAAAAUCCAUUAGCAAGCAACAGACUCCGAAUGCUGCUGCAGCGCCGGAGAAAACUCGCGAGCAAGUAAUGGCAGAACGCGAGGCCAAAAAGCAAGCGAAACAGGCCAAGAAACAAAAGCCAGCAGACAAGCCAGCGGCUGUUGAAAUUGCUGUUAACACUACAACUACAACUCCGGCCACAACGAUUAUAACCGAAGUGGAGCAGACAACCAUAACAAAGAAGCUAACAACCACAAUGACAACAACCACAAAAGAUAAGGUGGAUGUGGUUUUGGGUGCUGCAAAGAUUAGUUCCUCGGUUCAAGUGACAACCAACAAUAAUGCUGUGGAAUCAGCUGCAGAGAAAACCCGUGAACAAAUCAAGGCUGAACGUGAAGCAAAAAAGGCAGCCAAACAAGCUGCAAAGACAGGAAAAACCAGUGGCAAUGAUGUGACUGCAGCUGCACAGCAAUUGAAUGAUUUGCAAGUGAGCACAACAGCUGUUACAGCAGAACAGGAUAAGAAAAAACCCGCUCUCAGCAAGGCCGAGCGCCGCGCCAUACAAGAAGCACAAAGAGCAGCCAAGGCACAAGGACAAACACAAGCAAAAAAACCCGUGCCUGGCAAAGCUGUCAAGCCGCCUACAGUAACUACUCCUGUGCAACAGCAGCAGCUUAAACGUGACAGCGAAUCACCCACAAAGUCACCACUAAAGUCUUCGCCCAUCAAAAGUGAACGCGACUGCAAAGUCAAGCUGUUUAAUCAUUUGGUUAAUGCAGACAAAGAUGCCAGUUUGUUUAUAAACAAUGCGCUGGUGCAUCCAGCUAUGGCGCGUCUAGGCGUACAAUAUGCGGAACGUAAAGUAGUUGGCUCCAAUGCGCGUUGCAUAGCGUUUCUGCAUGCGCUGCGGCAAGUGGUACAAGACUUUGAAACACCCGCAAAGAAGGAAUUUGGUCGCAGCUUGGAUGCGGCUGUUAAGCACCAUGUGGAUCAUUUGCACAAAUGCCGGCCGUUAGCGGUGUCGGUCUCCAAUGCGUACAAGCAGUUUAAGAAUCAGCUGACACAGCUGCCCACAGAUCAGCCCGAAACGGAGUUAAAAGAAUUGCUGGAACACUUUAUUGACACUUACAUAGAGAAUCAAAUCGGCAAAGCUGCACAAGCCAUUAGCAGUUUUCUGCAGGAGAAAAUUACCGAUGGCGAUGUGUUGUUAACCUUUGCCUGCUCCUCGCUUAUACAGUUUAUCUGCGAGGAGGCCAAACGUCGUCAGGUAAACUUCCGCGUCAUUGUUGUGGAUUCGCGUCCCUUCUGUGAGGGUCAGGAGAUGCUGCGUCGUCUGCAUGAGCAUGGCAUACCCUGCAGCUAUGUGCUCAUCAAUGCUGUCAGUUAUGUUAUGCCCGAGGCCACCAAAGUGCUGCUCGGUGCACAUGCUUUGUUAGCCAACGGUUAUGUCAUGGCACGUACUGGCACCGCCCAAGUUGCGCUUGUGGCCAAUGCGCAUAAUGUGCCCGUGCUGGUCUGCUGUGAGACGCAUAAGUUUAGCGAACGCUUUCAAACUGACGCCAUUGUCUACAACGAGCUCUGUGAUCCCAAUCAGCUGGUGUUGAGCAACAAGUGCUCGCUUAAGCAUUGGCAAACCAAAGGCAGACUAAUGCCGCUUAAUUUGAGCUAUGAUAUUACGCCGCCGGAGCUGGUGAGCGCCGUUGUCACCGAGGUGGCCAUUCUUCCAUGCACCAGCGUGCCCGUCAUACUGCGCAUCAAACCCGAGAUUGGUUAUUAGCUUUUAAGUUUGUGUUCAAUGCAAAUGGCAAACAGCGUUACGUUUGUUGAAUAAAUAAUUACACAUCUUUAUUAUAUAUAGU